AGAUGUAAUGGUGGCUACCCUCCAAAUGCUUGGGACUUCUGGACCACAAAUGGACUGGUGACUGGAGGGCUCUACAACUCUCAUAUUGGUUGCAGACCGUACACCAUCGAACCCUGUGAACACCACGUCAACGGCAGCAGACCUCCCUGCACUGGGGAGGGCGGCGACACACCCAAGUGUGUUGCACAGUGCGAGACUGGAUACACACCAAGCUAUGAAAAUGACAAACACUAUGGUGAAACAUCUUACGGCCUACCAUCAGAUGAAGAUCAGAUCAAAUCAGAGAUUUACAAGAACGGACCUGUAGAGGGAGCGUUUACAGUCUACGAAGAUUUCCCUUCCUACAAGUCUGGUGUGUAUCAGCAUGUGUCAGGAACUGCUUUGGGAGGACAUGCCAUUAAGAUCCUGGGCUGGGGAAAGGAAAAUGGUGUUCCUUACUGGCUCUGUGCAAACUCCUGGAACACUGACUGGGGUGAUAAUGGAUACUUUAAAAUCCUUCGUGGAUCAAAUCACUGUGGCAUUGAGUCCGAGAUCGUGGCUGGAAUCCCCAAGUAAAACCCAAGGUUUUAUGCUGCGUCACCCCCAGAGGGCGCCACACUCCACUGUCAUUGAACAAAGUAUACUUCUGCACAGCAUGGCAUUUGAGGAGGGGAAUUCAAACUCCCGUAGCUUUUAAGUGAAUUUUCAGAUUGGAGACAAGACAAACUGUUGCACACAAUUACAUUUUUUUUUUCUAUGUUGGUCUGUUUUAGGACACUCCCAUAUUUUACUUCAUUUUUUUUUCUUUUAAUUGCUUGGAAAGCAGAUGUCUCGCUGUAAAGACGAAACAAUUCUUGUGUUGCACYGAUGAAAAUUGAGGACCAUUUUUUAGAUCAAUGCAGCAUCAAACUGAAUGGCGUUUUUAAAAACACCCCAAUGAGCAGAGCUGUUUCUCAGAACACAUUUCAUCAUGCAAUGACCCUUGAUACUUUUUUUUUUUUUAAAUGACAAAUUAUACUCUGUACUACCGACUGUCAUAAUGUACUGCCUGUAAUAGGUGCCUGUUAUUUUUAAGCAUUUUAAAAGUAGAUUACAAUGAGAUGGAGUGAAAGUGAAGUUUUUACUGCCAAUAUGAUCAAAUGCUGGGAAUUGUUCAUUUGAAUUUAUUAAAUGAAUCUUUUGUUGCCAGUA